UGAAAAUACAGCAUAAAUAUUUCACCGAACUGCUUCAUAAUCAGUAUUUAUCACCAAGAUGAAGCUUUCAUACACCACACUAAUAUUUCAUUUCAUGAUUACCACAUUUUGUGCAAAACUACCUUCGAGUUUCAAAAAAUGUGAUUAUAAAAGUCCGGAUUUGGACCAGUGUUUGGUUGAAGCGAUCCAAACGGCUCUUGUCCAGCUUGACCAUCCAAUGGUUGGGCUACCAUCACUGGACCCAUUACUGGUUGAACGGUUUUCAAUAGGGGCAGGGUCGGGGCCUGUGGGGGUCCAGGAGAAUUUUCAAAAUGCCAAACUUUACGGUUUUACGACGGGAAUUGUGGAAAAUGCAGCUUUGAGUUUAAGCCCAAAUCGGAGUCAUUUGAAUUUCACGAUUACCAUGCCGGAGUUUAAAAUUUUGGCCCAGUAUCAGCUCGAGGGCCAAUUGCUACUUAUUCCGGUCCAUGGUAAAGGCGAUGCCACCCUUUUGUUAAAAAAUGUGACAGGUGUGGUUUUUCUUUCGCUGGAAAAGUACCCAAAAAAAGGGUUUACGCAUUUGAAAAUAGUGGAUGGGAAAGUGACUCUCCCCAAAACUGAUCUACUUUACAUGAAUUUCCAAAAUCGGGAAAAUAGAACUUCUGAAUUUUCCGAUAUGAUGAAUAAAGUCCUUAAUGACAACUGGAGGGCAAUUUUCGAUGAUGUGAGAAGUGGUUAUGAGAGUUUUUUCACUGAAAUUAUUGUAAAUCUAGCCGGGAAAUUUUUCGACAAAGUGCCACUAACUGAAAUGCUUGAUAACGUUGAAUAAAUUUUUUU